AUGGACAAACCCAAAGAGAGAGUUGACACGGAUUUUGGAAAAGUAAAAGUGACAAUUUAUGGUGAUCGUGAUAAGCAUCCGCUUAUAACUUUCCACGACCUUGCUCUUGACUCUGAGAGUAAUUUCCAAAAUUUCUUCCAAUUCGUCUCAAUUGCUGAAUUUACGGAGAAGUUUUGCAUUUACAAUAUCAAUGCCCCUGGGCAAGAGGUGGAUGCAUCUCCUCUACCAGAAAACUUCGUUUACCCUUCUAUGGACGAAUUAGCUAGAAUUGUUGAAAAUGUCGUUGAACAUUUUGGGCUUCAAUCAUUGAUUGCUUUUGGCGUUGGGGUUGGAGCUAACGUUCUUCUAAGAUACGCGCUUCUUAAUCAACGUCGCCUUGAUGCGCUUAUCCUUGUCAACUGCGUUGCAAAUGCAGCAGGAUGGAUCGAGUGGGCUUAUCAGAAGAUGAACCUGAGAUAUCUGCGCGGCUCAGGAAUGAAUACGUUCACUGUUGAUUAUCUUAUGUGGCACCACUUUGGGCGACGUCUAGAUGAAUGCAGUCCCGAUAUUGUUCGCCAAUACCGCGUCUACUUCCAGCAUCUGCCCAACCCAACGAAUCUGGCUAUGUUCAUAGAGUCGUAUGUGAACCGCUCACCUAUAUCUAUUUCACGUGAUGGGCAAACUGGCGUACAGUUGAAUGUUCCGGUUCUGCAGAUUGUUGGAGCUGGGAGCCCGUUUGUGAAUGAUACUGUCGAUGUGAAUACGAAAUUAGAUCCCGCACAUUCUGAUUGGAUUAAGGUGAGAAAGCGGAAAGGAGUAAAGUCUAAGUCCUUGUUUUUGAUAACACUUAGGUUAUGAUU